AACCUCGCUCCUCCCUCUGAGCCGGCGCACGUACACACAGUGUUAUUUCAGCAAGGUUUGAGCGUGCCCUGAUGCCGGUUUGCUCCGACAUGGCGUGGCACUGGGACACGGUCUUACUGACUGUAGCGGCGAUAUCCUUCCUGGCGAAGCCUGCAGCGGUGAGCGGGAACGGGCUUUACUCCUAUAUGGACCAGGUCACCCUCCUUGACCACGACAACUUUGAUAGGAUCCUGUACAACUCCAGCAAAGCCUGGGUGGUGGAGUUCUAUGCCGCUUGGUGCGGACACUGUAUAAACUUCGCCCCGGUGUGGAAAUCGCUGGCGAAUGAUAUCAAAGAAUGGCAGCCCGCACUGAGCCUAGCUGUUGUCCACUGUGCAAACCUAAAGAAUAGAAAACUGUGCCAGAGGUUUGAAAUAAAAUCCUAUCCUACGAUAAAGCUGUUCAAAGCAUUUUCAAAACCGUCUUCCAAAGAAGAGAUCUAUAAUGGUACUGAACUCAGUGUGGUAGCUCUGCGCCAUAAUUUCAUUGAUCACCUGGAGAAACAUGGAGAGAAUGAGUGGCCCCCAGCAUGCCCCCCAUUGGAACCAAUCAGCAUGGCAGAGGUUCGGAGCUUCUUUGCUGCCAAUGAAGUUCUGUAUCUAGCACUGAUCUUUGAAGAUGCAAAAUCAUACAUAGGCCGAGAGGUGACCCUGGACAUGCUGCAGUACGAGAACGUUGCUGUGCGCAGAGUUCUGAAAAGUGAAGAGAACCUCGUGAAGUUGUUUGGUGUCCACAAGUUCCCAUCUUGCUACCUGUACUUCAAUGAUACCACCCACAGAGAGGUCACAGUGAAAAUGGAAACACGCAUUUUCUACACGUACUACCUGCGCCGAUUGCCGGGAGUGACACGAGGCGCUUCCAAGCUGACACCAGAGAACUCGACCUAUGGGUUUGUGACGGAGCCAUGGAAAGACUUCAACAGUUCCAAACUGUACAUGAGUGAUCUGGAGUCUGCAAUUUACUACUCCCUCAAGAUGGAAGUGGGGAAACAUCGGGAACUAUCAGGAGAUACCCUCAUGGCACUGAAACACUUCAUCACCGUGCUCACAAAGUUCUUUCCUGGACGACCGUUCAUUAUGAAGUUGCUUCAGAUAACUGAUGCCUGGCUGACAGAUGUUGGCACAGCGUCAGUCUCCUAUAAUGCUCUUCUGGAUGUGCUAGACAACAAGAAUGGGACACCUGGAGCCAUGAUACCUGACAAGGUGAACUGGGUGGGUUGUCAGGGCAGUAGGCCAUACUUCCGAGGAUACCCAUGUUCCAUCUGGACUCUGUUCCACCUCUUAACAGUGCAGGCUGCAAAAUACAACAAAUCAAUGACUGACCCUCUGGAGGUUCUCUCUACCUUGAGGCAGUACGUCAAGCAUUUCUUCGGAUGCAGGAGUUGCGCCAACCAAUCUCGAAGCCAUGCAGCAGCAUCCAUGGAUCACGUCCGCAGCUUCAAUGAGUCCAUCUUGUGGCUGUGGUCUCGGCAUAAUCGUGUCAACUACAGGCUGGCAGGUGCACGAAGUGAGGAUCCAAAAUUCCCAAAGCUUCAGUGGCCACCUCCAGACAUGUGUGUGGAGUGUCACGAUGAGGUCAAUGGACGCCAUAUGUGGAUUACAGAUGCAGUGUUGAACUUCUUCUAUGUACAUUUUUCUCCAGAUAACAUAGACUACAGUUAUCUGGAAGAGGAGGAGGCACUCCUGAAGAGGCAGCAGAAGGUGAGAGAAGAUACUUGGCAGGACCAAGAGAAGUCUGGCCCAGAAGAAGAUGAGAAGAAAGACAAAGGAGAAGACCAGGGCAGGGAAGAAAAAGAAGAAAGCACGGAGCCGCCAGUGAUGAAGGAAGAACAAGUCAACCCAAUGAUUGUGAGGAGGAUCAGGAGUCAAAAGCGGACUUUUGUCAAGUGGAAACGUGCUGCUAAAAUGGAGGUAGAAGAUAUUGUCGACCUGGACUCGUUUGUGAAUGAACAAUACAAAAAACCAGCUUUGAAGGACAGGGCUGAAAACAAGAGAACCAGCCUGACGAACAAGAGAUACCACGGACCCCAAUUGCACCUACAGUCCAUUGAUGAGUCCGAGGAGUCUAGGGAGAAGCUGCAGAAUUGGGUGGUCGGGGGUUGGGAUCAAGUCAAUGCUAAGAAGAAAUGGAUUAGACUGCUGGGGAGGAGCUUCUCCCGCACGGAUACUGGCUUGUGUAUUCUGUUAUAUUUCCUGUCUGCUCUGUGUCUCCUGUCCAUGUAUCUCUAUUUCAAAAUGAAGUUUCGGUGGCGGAAAUGGAAGUAUUUGUUCACUUCUGCCUCCGUUGGUGUACAAUAUGGCAGGGAAAAGAACUGAUGAAGUGAAGACAGGGACUAUAUAGGCCACAGGGAGUGCAAUGAUAUAUAUUUCCACCCAGAUUAAUCUUUCGUAGACACAGAAGCUCUCAAAUUAGAAAUAAUUUAGAAUAUCAGUAUCCUAGCUGAGGAAACCACCAUUUCCAUAGGGUCACCUGUAAGUGAACAAUUCUGGGGACAUUUGAUCACAAAAUAAGAAAUUUCAAAUCUAGAAUUUUACACCCUGACUUGCUCACUCAAGAAAGAUAAAAUACCAAGACUUCAAUCCCUCUAUGAUAACGCACCAUUGCUUUUGCUAAGGACUGCUGGUUGAGAAGACACUUUGGGACAUUGUGGUCUACGAGGCUUGACUCCAAAAAUACCACCAAACUCUGCAAAGGUAAAUGGGCACCUAUCCCAAAUAAAAAAAAGUCUCUAGGGCCAGACUUUGCUGUUCUUUUGCUGUUCAUUGGAUCAGCCUGAUGACAGUUGGUGCGAAAAUUGGGCAAGGAGACAGAAUCUCUGGGACUUUCUUCCCAGGAGCAGGUAGACUUGCCCACAGUAGUCUCUGUUCCCCUCAUCACGGAUAAAGUAACUACGGACUGUUUGUUGCCAAACUGUAGACAGUUGCACUUUUCAAGUGACUAUAGUGAACCAUUUCCAACCAGCCAGUAAGAUCCCACCUUAGAAACAUCCUUUUCCCAAAUGUGGUGGACUCGAUGGAUAAUUCUACAUGCAGCACAUUUAGGAACACUAAUUUUGCACAGGUCUGCUUGAUCCAGAGGUGACUUUCACAAAACAAGUUCCACUGUGGGCUUAGUAUGGUGGCUUCACACUAACUGCAAAUCACUCACCUUGAUGUCUCGUAAGCAUCAAGUUGUCCCAACCUGUGCAAUGGUCCAAGCCUGAAGGGGAAGGUUUACUUUUAAUGUGUGUGUGUUUGUACUGGGACCCCUUAAAUGGUAAUGAACAGCAUCCAAAGGUUGGUCAAAAUGCCAGACUUUUGGUAACCCCUGAACUAACAACACACAGUAACUUUAAUUUUGACAGGUCAUGAGUAGUAUUAAAUAAUAUUAAGUAUAGGCACUUUAAAAUUUGCCAUUCUGGCACAUUGCCUGCUAGUCAGUGACAGUACCACAUUAGGGCGAGUACAGGGUGGUAGAGGAACAGUAGCUGAUUUGUAACUCACAUCGUCUGACAGGGGUCAACCAUCACUCAGCAGCUCCAAACUUUUUUCUUCUAUCAAAAGCUUGUGGGUUCAGCUCUUGGAAAAUUGAGCUCAUGAUCUAAGCUGAUAGUCUGGUUCAGUAUUAAGGGACAGAUGUGAUGACUUUUUAGAGGACAUGUUAAAACAAGUCCCUGGUUAUCCUCUCAGGUGAACAUAAAAAGUCCCUUUCCAAUAUUCAAAGAAGAAUGAGGCAACCCACAGAAAUUUCUUGUGCGUGUCGAUAACAUGGCCAAUGUUUAUUGCCUAAUCUUAAACACCCUGAACUGACUGAGUGGCUUGUUGAGACAUUCAGAGGAUAAUUGAGAAUCAAUCACAUUGGCGCAGGGUGUGGAGUCACAUGUAGGCCCUGAAGGACAUUAGUAAACCUGAUGGGUUUCUUCAAGCAUCCAAUAGUCUCACAACUAAAACAGAUUAUUUAGUUAUUAUCUCAUUGCUAUUUGUGGGGAAGUUGGCUGCCAUGUUUCCCAUAUCAUAACUUCACUUCAGAAAGAAGCUGAUUGGUGAUAAAGUGCUUUUGGACAUCCUGAGACUGCAAAGGCACUAUAUCAAAGUAAAAUCUUCCUUCAGACACAAGUAAUGAUGUAAUCAAAAGCAUUAAAGCUGCUAAUGAUAGGGCUUCUCUUGCAGCUGGAAGAAUCCCACCCGCCUUUGCGGCUUCCUUUGAAGGAAGCAACCUUGGGGGAUAGAUCUCAGGAUAUCCCUAUUUGAAUACAAGUCGAACUGCUCCAGCAGGCAUUAAAACUGAAAGAAAAUCAGCUAUAUUCAUAGUAAUAAGGAGUGAAUGACUCUCCGCACAGAAUCCCAAGCUAAUCUCCAAGUAAUCAUUUAUUAUUUGCCCCAUUCCUUCUUUUAGUGGUUUGAAAUCAAUUGCCCACCUUCAGUUCCUGGUGUUGGUAUUCUAUUAAGGCAACAUAUCAAGGAAUUUUACUAGAUUUUCUGUCCUGUCUGGGAAAUAGACAUUUUUGAUUUCUGUUUCUGUGAUGCUAAUAUAAUCAAUUUUUAUUUUUAAUUAAAAGAAAAUAUUUGAGUUUUACCUCAA